GGCAGUGAUUGGUUGCAACACCGCGUAUAAAACGCCGGCGCACCGUGAACCCGGAGUUUGGGAUUUCGGUAACCGAAGGACGUAACGGGGAGUCACGGGGAGGAAGAGCCCACGCGCAGCCGAAGCCGCUCUUCUCUUUGCUCCUCUCCGGUGCCUUUACGGACUCCUCUUAAAAAAAAAGAGAUCAUCAAUGAAAGAGCGAAGGACAUGCCAGAAACUGCCCCUUCAGUCCGGAAUGGAUCCGAGUCAGAGUGUUAAAUGUAAGAUAGUGGUCGUAGGGGACAGCCAGUGUGGGAAGACGGCCUUACUCCACGUUUUUGCAAAGGACUGCUUUCCAGAGAAUUAUGUUCCCACCGUAUUUGAAAAUUACACAGCAAGUUUUGAAAUUGACACACAAAGAAUUGAACUCAGUCUGUGGGACACGUCAGGCUCACCGUAUUACGACAACGUCAGGCCGCUCUCGUACCCAGACUCGGAUGCUGUCAUCGUGUGCUUCGACAUCAGCCGCCCCGAGACUCUGGACAGUGUCCUCAAGAAGUGGAAAGGAGAAAUCCAGGAAUUCUGUCCCAACACCAAGAUGCUGCUUGUCGGCUGCAAGUCGGACCUGAGGACAGACCUCACCACCUUGGUGGAGCUGUCCAAUCACAGGCAGACUCCGGUGUCAUAUGACCAGGGCUCUGCGAUGGCUAAGCAGAUCUCUGCCCCGUAUAUAGAGUGCUCAGCGCUGCAGUCAGAGAACAGUGUUCGGGACAUUUUCCACAUGGCGACGCUCGCCUGCGUCAACAAGAGCCACAAGAACGUGAAGCGCAGCAAAUCUGCCCGCUCCACCAAGCGCAUCUCACACAUGCCCAGCAGACCGGACCUGGCUGCCGUGACAACGGACCUACGCAAGGAAAAAGCAAAGAGCUGCACAGUCAUGUGACUGAAUUUGAAGGAAGAAAUGCAUUCUGGGAAAUGAUGGGGGUGGGGGGUGUAGAGAAAGGAAGGGGAAUUGUGGCUGUGGAUGUCCCUCUAUCCACACAAGAUAAAGGUAGAGAGAGAGAGAGAGAGAGAGAGAGAGAGAGAGAGAGAGAGAGAGGGGUAGAGAGGGAAGCAGUGCACUUUAAUCCCUUAUUCCUCUUCUAGUUUUACGAUUUGAGAUGCAUCCUUCCACUUCCUGUAGCCUAAGUGCUGACAGACCAUGGAAACAGUCCUUAGGCCAAGCCCCACACACUCCCCCAAUCUUAUCCGCUCAAGCAAGAGGAAGUCACCUCUCUUAAUGAGAAGCCUCGCUUCUGUCACCUUCAAGCAGCACAACUUCCUCUGAGAAGGAUUUAGGAAGUGCUGCACAUUACAUACAUCCUCCGUAUGAUGUAGCUGUGUCAAGGUUCAGAGGGGAGCUGUGUCAGGGUUCAGAGGGGAGCUGUGUCAGGGUUCAGAGGGGAGCUGUGUCAGGGUUCAGAGGGGAGCUGUGUCAGGGUUCAGUGGGGAGCUGUGUCAGGGUUCAGUGGGGAGCUGUGUCAGGAUUCAGAGGAGCUGUGUCAGGGUUCAUUGGGGAGCUGUGUCAGGGUUCAGUGGGGAGCUGUGUCAGGAUUCAGAGGGGAGCUGUGUCAGGGUUCAGAGGGGAACUGUGUCAGGGUUCAGAGGGGAGCUGUGUCAGGGUUCAGAGGGGAGCUGUGUCAGGGUUCAGAGGGGAGCUGUGUCAGGGUUCAGUGGGGAGCUGUGUCAGGGUUCAGUGGGGAGCUGUGUCAGGAUUCAGAGGGGAGGUGUGUCAGGGUUCAGAGGGGAGGUGUGUCAGGGUUCAGAGGGGAGGUGUGUCAGGGUUCAGAGGGGAGGUGUGUCAGGGUUCAGAGGGGAGGUGUGUCAGGAUUCAGAGGGGAGGUGUGUCAGGGUUCAGUGGGGAGCUGUGUCUGGGACUUCUCUUAACAUCUACUUUCACUGUUUCUUCAGUAGUGAGAGGGAAUACAACUUCAUGCUGGUACAGAAGAGGGAGACAGACAGACAGAGACAGACAGACACAAAGAGAGAGCGUUAACAGCAAAACAGGGAAAAAGUAAAAAUGAGAGUGAGAAUAAGGGGAAAGGAGAUGUGUGUUGCCCUGGUGUGCUGAGGACAACCAUCUUUCAGUUCUCCCUCUUCCUGUCACAUAUAGCAUUAAAGAGAAGCAAAAUGACUGGUGAUCACUGUGGGUUGGACUUCCUGUCCUGGAUAACUGCUCGUACAGUUGCUUGUUCUCUUUUUUAUUUGUAUUUUUUAUAGCUGAGCACCGCAAAAGUUCUUGAGCACAUUGCUUGUCACCAUGGAUACACAACUUCUAGCUCAAUCGUAACCUAUGUUGUAACCCCAAAAACAAACUUACUUUCUGAGGUUUUUUUUCUUCUAAAAACCAAAGAAUCUAUGUGUUUGGGUCCCAGAUCCUGCACCGCCAUCACUCUGAGAUGGGUUGUGGUGAGUGUGUUUGUUCUCUGGGUCCUUCACCGUCGUUCCUCUGAGAUGGGUCCUGCUUGCCUGUUCUCCGAGCUCGCUGAGUGAUUGAGGUUAAGCCCACCACACAGACAUCUCCUGACAGAAGAACCUGUGUCAUACAGCUGCCCGUGGGCUCUUCUAAGACCUGUGACCAGCAGCCCAGACCGUGGCAGGACCGUGUGAUGUGAGACAGAUGCUACAGCACCCUGACAUCAUAGGUCAUAGGUCAUCCGUUCGCAUGGCACAUAGUGUGCUUUCCAUUCGUGGCCUCGUUUGGUCAUUAUGCAUAUCUGCUGUCAUCUGAUUUGAAAGGCCAGAUACAUUAUGAGGAUUUAAACCAUCAAAUCUUAAUGACUGAGUAUUCGUUUGAUAUGUUUCGUUUGCUUUUUUGUCUGCUCGGUGAAGUGUGAAACGGCCUCUUGUGAGAGUGGGCUCUUCUCUGUCUCUUUCUUCUAAACUAUGCAGUUCAUUCUCUCUAGGAAAAAGACUGAUAGACAUGGAGGGAGAGAGAGAAAGAGGAGAGAGAUAAAGAGAUAGAGUGUAGUGUUCUUAGGACGGCUUCCCUCAGGCUUAAAGUUGGAGGCUAAAGCCAGAUAAAAUGAGCACUCAGCUCAAACUGAUUGGCUGAUCAGCUUGGAAGUUGAUUGACUGAAAUGCCUAGCAGGUCAGUAGCUGCACUUGGAAGUUGUGACAUUUUACACAAAAAAUGGACACUGUUUCUCGUGUGGUUUUCUAUUCUCUCUUGAGCUAAAGAUAGGCACUUUGUUCCGCUCUGGACUGAUCUUCACAUAGCCAGUAUUACCACAAAACAGUUUGUAUUUAAGUGUUAGUGAAAGAAAAAUAUGUAGGGAAUGAAAGUUGCUUCAGAAGUAGGCAAUGCCAUUUUAUUUUAAUGAAAUCUGUUUAUGUUUGUUCUGUUCAUGUUGCCACAAUAUUUAUUGAACUGUUCUUUUGCUCUCCUAAUAAAUGUAGAAAUUAAUUAAAAGGAGUUUUUUUUUUAAAAAUA